GCCGCGCGGCUUCCUUGAGACGGGUGCUCCGAAGGACGCUGCGGCUCUACCAGCAGACCCAAGAAUACAACGACCAGGCUCUGAUCGCCGUUCUGCUUCUGCAGCACCCUGGUCUCGGAUUCGUCGACUCCUCGGCCAAGCUUUUCCUUGGACUUCAUGGUCAUGACGAGUUCCUGGAUUUGGAGCGACCUCUAUGUCGAGGGAACUACUUUGUCAGGGAUCCGAGCUCAAGGACUGUGCCAAAGGUGCUGAAAAGCCCGCUUCCGAGCUACAAAGCCGUCCGAAGCUUUCAUGGGCUGCAACCCCCGAGGCUGCAGCGGUCCAGCGCUGGGCCGCCGUCCGUGAUGCACUUUAAUGGCAAUGGCAAGAGGCACCUGUAUCGCUGCGUCGAGGAGUUUCGGGAGCUCCGCCUCCUCGCCGGUACUGGGGAGGAGCGCGCCGAAUGCACAUUCUUCGACAGCGAUCUGAACUCCUGGAAGCGGAUUCGCUGA